GUAUGGAAACAAAUUUAUAUAUUUCAAUAAUUACUUGCUUUUGCAUUAAAACAAUUGGAAUUUCUUCUAAUGACCGUCUCCAUUUAAAGACUAAAAAGAAUAUAAAGAGAAGAAAAAAAAAAUUAAAAGAAAGCUUAUCAAGAAAAAAGAAUCCUAUCCCACGAUUAAAUCUUCUUCAUUUAAGAAGCAUAAUCUCAUUUUAUCAGAAUACAACAAUAGUGCAGAUUCCUUGAUCACAAUAUAUAUAACCUUCUUCUUCUUCAAUAUUUCGAGCACGAAUAUCGAGACAAGAUCAUGGCUGAAGCAAAGAGGUUAUUGUCUUACAACAAUGGUAAGAAAAACUCUGUCAAUAGAUACAGAACAAGUGGAUCAAGUUCAUUCUCAGAGCAACCACCACGUGGAAAACGUGCUCUCCUUUGUUGCGUAAGUUACAGAAACCAAAAAUUCGAGCUUAAGGGAACAACACAUGACCUGAAGAACAUGAGAAGUUUGCUCGUCGAACAAUUCCGAUUCCCCCUCGAUGCCAUCCUCAUUCUUGCAGAGAAAGAGCGAUAUUCGCCUCCAACGAGGAAGAACAUAGAAGACGGUUUCCAAUGGCUAAUGAGGGGCAUUCAGCCUGGUGACUCGUUAGUGUUCUACUUCUCGGGCCAUGGAUUAAGACAACGUGGACUCCACGGAGAUGAGAUCGACGGCUACGAUGAGACAAUCUGCCCGCUAGAUUUUCAGACAAAUGGAAUGAUUUUGGACAACUACAUCAACACAACACUCGUUCGGCCGUUGAUCCGUGGGGUCACACUCCAUGCCAUAAUAGAUUCUUGCCACAGUGGAACGGUUCUCGAUUUGCCACUUGUGUACAACAUGAACACCAGAAGAAAAUGGGAUGAUAAUAGUCCUAGGAAUGAGGAAUCUUCUUGUAAUAAGGGAACAAAUGGUGGAAAGGCCAUUUCAAUUAGUGCAUGUCAAGAUUAUCAGCAGGCUGCAGAUACAUCAGCAUUCUCGCCGGAGAAGAAGAAUAUGACAGGUGCAAUGACGUGUAUCUUCGUAAGAGCAGUAAAAGGAGGAGCAGCAUCAAACAAUGGAAAGAAGAUAACUUACCAAGGGAUUCUUGAUCAUAUGCAUCAGUCACUAAAUCAAGAAGAAAAGGUGAGCUGUGUCGGUGCUGGCUUUCGUAGAGCUCUUCGUCGCAAGAUUUUCCAGGAUCCUCUAUUGUCGUCUUCAGAAGAGUUCGACACUGAAACGGAGUUCAAGCUCUAAUCAUGCCCAGACAGUGAGAAGAUGAUUGAAACAUUGUUAAGAAAUAAGAGCUUUAAGUUUCUUUUUGUUCAUGAUUUUCAAACUUCUUUUAUCUUUAUUCAGAUUUUGAAUAAUGCAAAAGACAUUUUGAGGCUU